GCACAAUCAUGCCUUAAGCGGAGUCGCCAUGAAAGUUUGUGUCAUUUUUAUGCUGAUCAGCUGGCAGCUGGAAGGCAGCCUCGGGCAGCGACUGCGGCUCGACUCUGUGUGCCAGAUGGUGCAGCGGCAGCGCCUCGAGUGUCAAGUGCAUCGCGUGGAGACAGCCGACGGGUAUCUCCUGAAUGUUCAUCGCAUUCCCGCGCCGCGCAACCAGAGCUGCACCCGUGGGAUCAGGCUGCGGCCCUUUGUGCUGAUGCACGGGCUCCUCGGCUCGGCCGCAGACUUUGUGACUGCCGGACCGGGCCGUGCGCUGGCCCUGGAGCUGCACAGGCGCUGCUUUGAUGUCUGGCUGCCAAAUGCCCGGGGCACAACGCACUCCCGACGCCACCGCACACUGCGGACAAGCGAGGCGCGUUUCUGGCAGUUCAGCUGGCACGAGAUUGGACUCUACGACCUGCCCGCCAUCGUGGACCAUGUGCUGGCCGUGACGCGACAUCGCCAGCUGCACUAUGUGGGCCACUCGCAGGGGACCACGGUGCUGCUGGUACUCCUCUCGCAGCGUCCCGAAUACAAUGCGAGAUUUGCCAAUGCGGCCCUAAUGGCUCCCGUGGCCUUUCUCCAGCACCUGAGCAGUCCGCCGCUGCGUCUGCUGGCCAGCGACAGUUUCGGUGCCACUCUGCUGCUCAACAAGCUGGGCCUCAACGAGCUGCUGCCCGCCACUGCGCUGACCCAGGUGGGUGGGCAGUUCUUUUGCAGCGCCACCCUGCCCACCUAUACCCUCUGCACGUUGUUCACCUCGCUCUAUGUGGGCUUCAGUGACUAUCCAGUGGAUCGUAGCCUCCUGCCGCGCAUACUGGAGACAAUACCCGCGGGCAUAUCGCGUGGCCAACUACUGCACUUUGGGCAGCUCAUCAAUAGCGGCAAAUUCCAGCAAUACGACUAUCGCUCGCCCCAGCUCAAUAUGCGUCGAUAUGGCCAGCCCACGCCGCCCUCGUAUCAGUUGAGGAAUGUGCGCCUGCAGCUACAGAUCUUUCAUGGCACACGCGAUGCCCUGUCCAGCCAGGCGGAUGUGCUGCGACUGGUUAACGAGCUGCGCCAGAGCCGCACACGUCUGUAUCAGGUGCCCGGCUACAAUCACAUUGACUUUCUGUUUGCCGUCACUGCACCACGCAUGGUUUAUGAGCGAAUCAUUCAACAGGCCUGGCAACUGGAUGUAGCGGCAGCAGCAGCAGGACUUCAGGCGAGUUGGAGUUGAUGAUGAAUUGCAGUUGGUGGAGGAUACGUUUAUGGUAUUUAAUCAAUAGUUUUAAUCGUCUUAAUUGUGGAAAUAUUCAUUACAUCCUUAAGUUUUACACUCAUAGCUUGUUAUGCGGGGCAAAAACGAAACUUUUAAACAACUAAAAAAAAAAGAAUCAAAAGAAAAACCUUCGAUAAACAGA